AUGAAUCAAAUUAAACGAAAAUUAACUUUAAAGAAGUCAUCGAAAAAAAAAACAAAGAAAUUACGCAAUGAAUUGGAUCAACCGAUUAUUUCAAUUGAAAAUUUAUCCAAUGAAAUAUUCUAUGAAAUAUUCGAUUAUCUUAAUGGUAUUGAUAUAUACAAUGCUUUUGCCGGUCUUAAUCAUCGUUUUCAACAACUUCUCUAUUCUUCAACUCUUCGAUUUAAAAUUGAACUUGAUUAUUCAACAUCGGAAGAGAUAUUUAUGAAUACUUAUAAACAAGUUAUUCUUCAUCAUAGACAUCAGAUAUUUUCAUUUUAUUCCUGGGCAUCGGAUCAUAUCAAUAAAAUUAUUUUGUCAUGUACCAUUGAUUCAUCAUUCAACUGUUUAGAAUCCAUUAUUCUCAAUGAUAUUGACUUCAAUGUUCUUAGUUUACUUCUUAUGAAAUUAGCUGAUUUACCUCGUUUGUUUUCAUUAUCUAUUAGUACAACGGAUAGUCUAGAAGAAUUAAGUAACAUUUAUGAAUUGAUUUUUGCUUUACCAAAAUUAUAUUAUUUGCAAUUUUUAACAGAACCUUGCGAAUACGACUUCGAGACUACCGUCUCAUUACCAAUUGCUUCUUGUAAACAAUUUAGUACUAUCAAACAUCUUUUUAUUGAUCAUCCUUGUACUUUUAAUGAAUUAUUUGUUAUAAUGUCUUAUACACCUGAACUUUCUCGUCUAAAUUUUUGGUCUAGAAACGAGAAUUAUUCAGAUAUUGAAAUGGUAUUACCAAUUACAUUACCAAAUUUGACAUUUAUUUCUUUGGAUACAUCUUGUAUAAGCUUUGAUGAAUUUGAAAUGGUGAUUACAAAAAUACAUUGUCCAUUAAAAGUUUUAUAUCUGGGUACUCGAUUUGAAAAUAUAGCUUUUCUCGAUGCUAAUCGAUGGGAACAGUUAAUUCAAAAAUAUUUUCCUCAAUUGAAAAAAUUUUCUUUUCACUGUUAUGAACAUAUUAAGAAGAAGUAUGGUUUUCCAUCAAAUCUUAUUCAACGAGAUCGAUUCACUUCAUCAUUUUGGCUAAAACAACAAUGGAUUUUUGAAGUUCAUCUCGAUAAUACACUAAUCCACUAUUUAAUUCAUCCGUACAGAAAGAGAUGGUAUGAAGAUACACCAACUAAAACUAUUAAUUCUUGUAUGGACGUUUCUAAAUCUACUCGAUUGAUUAUUAAAAGUAAUCUUAAUAAAAAUGAUGUUAAAUUAUUUAACAUUAAUAUUAAUCGUAUUAGAACUAUAGCUAAAGUUUAUCAUUUGGAAAUUAAUGGAGAAAUCUUUCUUCGUACAUUAUUAGAUAUUUUAUUGUUAUUACCUCAACUUCAUUCAUUAAAAAUUUCUUCUUUAGUAUUACCACGAAGAACAUAUUUAACUGAAUAUGAAGCAGAAAUUCUUUCUUUUAUAUCAAAUGACAAUAAAAUUAAGGAACUUUGUCUCGAUGAGAUCGUUAAUGUCAAUGAACUUCACUUUCUUAUUCGACUUUGUCAUUAUAUGAAUUAUUUUCAAAUAAAUUCUAUUAAUAAUAUAGAUGUUGAAUUAUUCGUACGAACUGUUCUAAUGGAAAUGAAGGUUAAUUAUAAUCAUCAACUUCGAUCAUUGUAUUUUCAUGUUCCAUUAGUAAAUGAUGAAAUUAUUCGAAAAUUAGAAAAAAUGAUUAAUUCGGAAAAACUUCUUCUUGAUUAUACAAUUAAAUAUGUGUUUGAUAAAAUCUAUUUAGAAUGGAAAUGA